AUGAAGCUCAAGAGAAAGAGGAAAGAAGAUAAAGAUGAUGAAUUGUACAAUCCAUCUCUUGAGCAUGUUAUAGAGUCUCAGACACCUCCAUCAUCUGGUGGUAGGAAGAAGACAAGUGCAAGAAAGAGUGUUACUUCUCCAAAAGCAGCUAGAAGAAAGCUGAUUGUCAAGUUGCCUAAACGCACAUCAAAACCAAAGUCAAAACCAAGUCAACCACCAUCACCACCACCUGAACCAUCACCACCUCAAUCACCACAUAAAUCACCACCAAAACAACCUACACCACCACCAUCACCUCCACCACAUCUAUCACCACUACAUCUAUCACCACUACAUCUAUCACCACCACAUCUUUCACCACCACAUGAACAACCUGUUGUUACUUCCCAACAAAUUUUCCAAACACCACCAUCCACACAACCACCUGUCCAAACAACUCCUGGAUCUUCUGGAUUCAAAAAUUUUCCAAAUAUCCCUGUGAAUGUGAACAUUGGUCUUGAUGAUAUUGGAGAUUUUGACUUUGCAAAUAAUGAGCAAGUAAGGAGAUUGGAAAAGAAAGUUGAAGAAGUUUUGGUUGAAAACAAAAAGUUGUUGGAUCGUGAGAAGAAAUUGAAAAGAAAAGUUGAGGCUAAUCAGACAGAGAUUGAUAUUCUUAAAGUUAAAGUUGCUAAGUUGGAAGAAGAGAAAGCACGCAGAGAUGAGCAGAACAAGUACUUUGAGUUAAAGAACAUAGAAUUGGAAGCUGCUAAAGAAAUGAAAGAACACGAGAUAUACAUGAUGAAUAAAGUGUUAGAAAAUUUGCUUGGAAAGUCUGUUGAGCAGAGAUUUGAAGAGACUGAAUGA